UCAGCCUGUCACAACUGGGCUACGAGUGGACCUACUGAGGGCACUCCCACAACUGAUCAGCCUGUCACAACUGAGGCAACAAGUGGACAAACAGAGGGCACUCCCACAACUGAUCAGCCUGUCACAACUGAGAAGACCAGUGGGCCAACUGAGGGAACUCCCACAACUGAUCAGCCUGUCACCACUGAGGCAACAAGUGGACCAACUGAGGGCACGCCCACAACUGAUAAGCCUGGCACAACUGAGGCAACGAGUGGACCAACUGAGGGCACCCCCACAACUGAUCAGCCUGUCACCACUGAGGCAACGAGUGGACCAACUGAGGGCACGCCCACAACUGAUCAGUCUGUCACAACUGAGGCAACAAGUGGACAAACAGAGGGCACUCCCACAACUGAUCAGCCUGUCACCACUGAGAAGACCAGUGGGCCAACUGAGGGCACACCCACAAGUGAUCUGCCUGGCGCAACUGAUCAGCCUGGCAAAACUGAGGUAACAAGUGGACCAACUGAGGGCACGCCAACAACUGAUUUGCCUGGCACAACUGAGGCAACAAGUGGACCUACUGAGGGCACUCCCAUAACUGAUAAGCCUGGUACAACUGAGGUUACAACUGUACCUUCAACUACACCACCUAUCACUCCAACAAUUCAACCAACUACCCAAUCCACUACUCGUAAGCCUUUAAUUUGCAAAAACGGAGGAACUGACAAUGGUUACAACUGCUCAUGUCUCAUUGGAUUUAUUGGACCUGUCUGUGAAGAUGUUGAAGUUGCUGUUGAGCCAGAUACAAUCAACAGAACAGUUGUGGUUAAUAUAGACAUCAAUGAGGAAUAUAUUGAUGAAUAUGAGGAUGAGGAAUCACAGGAAUACAAAGAAUUUGUUGGAAACUUCACCAGCCAGAUGGAGGAAUAUUACAAAACAAGGAUAGAAAAUGUUAAAGAAGUGGUGGUCAUAAGUGUCAGCCCAGGAAGCCCAUUGGGCAGAUUAUCAACCAACAUUGUGGAAGAGAUACAAUUAAGGGCUGAAGGCACAGAUCUCACACCAACAAGAGUCGGUGUUAAUGUCAAACAUGAUGUCAUCCUGGCAAUUCCAAAUAACCCUGAUUAUGAGGAUAAAUAUGUGAAUAAUACUGAAGAAAUUACGGAGGCUGUUGGUGACCUUGUUGGCUGCACUCUAGACUGUCCGAGUUUUAAUGUCACAGUGAAGCCGACAGUGACGCCUACAGAACUAGAUCUUCAAUCGGUCUGUGAAAGGCUGAAUGAGGAUGCAGAUGUGACUGAUUUCUACCAGGCUGCGGAGGUUAAUAAGAAGGUAACCUGUGUGACUGCCUGCCAUCAGAAACACGAUAAGCAUAAAACAUGCUACAACAAGGGAGUGUGCAAAGUGUUUAAAGCCACCGGGCCACUCUGCCAUUGUGUGGACUUGUCCUCCACCUGGUACCUGAGCGAUGACUGCAGACUGCCCAUACAGAGGACGCCGUUCUUUGCCGGGCUGAGUGUGACGCUCACUGUUCUCUUGGUGCUGGUGGGAUUCCUGGCGGCGUUCGUAUUAAGGAACAAACAGAGGAGAUACAAAGACAUAAAAGACAAGCUGGUGAAUCAGUGGCUGAACGAGGACUUUGAGUGGUCCAGAUCAAACAUUGACGAAGUUUACGGAAACCCCACAUUCACUCAGAGCGAAGCAACCGUCCACUUAGAGGACCUAGAUGUUUACAGACAACCUCUACCUGCCUACCAGCCGACGCGUCCAUCUUCACAGAUUGACUACAGACAGUCAGCGGGCAUGUUCCCCCCGUCACGACAAGCUCACAGACACAUCACUCCUUCUAAUAUUUCUGGAUACUCACAGUCUGCUGGUCCAGCCCGUCAACUCAGAAACUCAGUCAACCAGCCGAUGAGGAUCAACAGGCCUCAGAUCAGGACGUCCUGGGAUGUCUGAGUGGCACACCAAGAAACUUUGUCUUAGAAAAUAUAACUGUAAAUAAACAAAGAGUUAUUUAAGUGCCUUAGAAAAAGAAAUGAAAAAGAAACAAGAAAACAUGAAAAAUGAUUUGCAGUGUUCAAAAAAACAAAUUCACAGUCUAUAGAUCUCAUCUGCGCUGCAGCAGAUCUGCAGGAGUGACGAUUAUUUAUUUUUCAUUCAUCAUCAUGAGUAACUCUUUUCCAAUUACACACCGCCAUUUGAAGUAUUUUUAAAAAAUGAAAGCAUACACAUCAAUAUUUUGAGUUGCUUAGUGCUGUGCUCAUGUUGGAUUAGUGUUGAGUGUGUUGAAAAGGUUGUAAGUACUAUAACCGCUAGUACAGUCAAGACCUACUCUUUCUGUAAAUCGUCUGCUGCUAACAUUUGUUAUGAUUUGGCGCAACCGAUCACAAUCGAUAUCUGAUGUUAAAAUGUGUCUGGACUUGUUCAAGUUUACCAAAGAGAGGCAGUUGUUAUUAUUUGUAUUAUUAUUAGGCUACAAAUUAGUUUUUGAAUAUUGUUAUUUAUUUUAUUUCUAUUUAUAUGUUAAUUGACCAGGUUUGACACAUUCAGAUUAAAGAUCUCUUUAACAAGGAGACCUGGCAGCAAUUCAAAGUUACAAUGAUAACAAGCAAAAAGGUUGAAGUAACAUUAAGGCCAUCAGAUCAGAAAAAAUAAGAAGCUGUUUGUAAAUCUGUGCCAAUUGAGGGAUAAACUAUGCAAUUUACUUAAACUGUGUGCAUUGUUUCAUAAACAUUGUGCACAGAUUCAUAUAAUCUGCUACUGUUCUGUAAACUGUGUGCAUUCAUUUAGAGCCCAUAUGCACGGAUUUGUAAACUGUGCAAGGAUUUGGGCAAUCUGUGCUAUCAGCCACUGAUAGCAGAUCUGAUUUUAAGCCUCGCACAUGGAUUUGUGAACCGUGGGAACUGAUUUACAAACAGCUUUUUUUUCUUAACUGAGCUUUCAGGGGCUCAGUAUCCCGUGGAAGUUUUUGGCCGCAACACUUUCUUUCCUAAUUUAUUUCCAUUUUUUAGAAUAACAAAUGGCCAAGAGUCCAAAGAACAAAGGUAUUAAUUACCAUCCUUCACCAAGAUUCAGAAAGAGACUCAACUCCCCACCCCUCCACCCCCCCCCCCCCCACACACACACACACACACACACACACACACACACACACACACACACACACACUACACAACCCAUGGAUUUUAGUACACCAUUAUUUUCAAAGCCAAAAUUCCUUGUAAGUCAUCAUUCUUGGGUUCAAUGUUGUUUACAAGUCACAUAAACUGCUUUGAACUAAAAUAUUCCAAACUCUGCUAUUCAUCGUUAUGCUGAUGAGUCUCUCUUUUACUGAUCUGAAACUAUAACUUGUCUCUCUCCUCUUUCUUAAUGUUGAAGAAAACUUUGGUCCCUGCAAACCUUCCGACUGCAGGUUAAGAAAUGAUUGUGGUGGUCUAUACAAACCCUGACUUCGGAUCUAAACACACGUUGAACAUAAAUGAAAGACAUAAACAGAGAAAACAGCCGACUACCAGAGUCAGGCCAUACUCUGUGAACUAGGUAUUAGUUUCAUUUAGGAUCUGAUUUUAUAACAGUAAAUGUUGUUUAUUGCUUUUGAUGCACUUUAUGUUAAUAAAAGUUCAUAACUUAAAAGA